AUGCACCGGCCGAAUCAGCCAGGUCGAGGCUACAGUCGACCACCGAGUGCACCACCACCUAACGUGAGCCUCAAACGCAAAGAGCGCGACUACGAUCAGGACGCUGGGGACGAAACGAACAUAAACGUCGUUGUGCGGUGUCGUGGACGCAAUGAAAGAGAAGUUCGGGAAAAUAGUGGUGUUGUCGUAUCAACGACCGGAGUGAAAGGAAAGAAUGUCGAGAUUUCCAUGGGACCAAAUGCUCUAAGCAACAAGACCUAUCAGUUCGACAAAGUCUUCUCACCUGCGGCCGAUCAAGCUAUUAUAUUCGACGAUGUCGUUCUACCUAUACUCUCAGAAAUGCUUGCUGGUUAUAACUGUACAAUCUUCGCCUAUGGGCAGACAGGAACGGGCAAGACAUAUACCAUGUCGGGGGACAUGACUGAGAGCUGCGGACUGCUCACUGACGCAGCUGGCAUAAUACCACGAGUGCUGCAGUCCCUUUUUCAGAAACUGGAAGCAGAAGGAGCCGAAUGUAGUGUGAAAUGUUCGUUCAUCGAGCUUUACAAUGAAGAGUUAAGGGAUCUACUAUCGGCGGAAGAUUCUACCAAGCUGAAAAUCUACGACGAUACCAACAAGAAGGGUCACAAUGCGACAAUCGUGCAGGGCAUGGAGGAGUCGCAUGUCAGUAGCGCCGCAGAAGGUAUCAUGAAGCUUCAACAGGGCAGUCUUCGGAGACAAGUCGCCGCGACGAAGUGCAAUGACCUCAGUUCGCGAAGUCACACAGUGUUUACUAUUACUACCUAUGUCAAGAAACCUGGCGGUGCCUCAGAUGAUUACAUCUGCUCUGGAAAAUUGAAUCUAGUUGAUCUGGCUGGAAGUGAGAACAUUCAGCGAAGUGGCGCAGAGAAUAAGCGAGCCACAGAGGCAGGUCUAAUCAACAAAAGCUUGCUCACACUCGGUCGUGUCAUCAAUGCGCUCGUUGAUAAAAGCUCGCACAUCCCGUAUCGUGAGUCCAAGUUGACGCGACUCCUUCAAGACUCCUUAGGUGGACGAACCAAAACAUGCAUUAUUGCCACUGUCUCUCCAUCUCGGAGCAACCUUGAAGAAACCAUAUCUACUCUUGAUUAUGCUUUUAGAGCCAAGAACAUUCGCAACAAACCUCAAGUCAAUGCGAUGCUGUCGAAGAAGACGCUACUUAAGGAGUUCACAGCAGAGAUUGAGAAGCUGAAAGGUGAGCUCAUUGCGACAAGACAGAGAAACGGAGUAUAUCUCACCAACGAGAAAUUCGAGGAAAUGACAAUCGAGAGCGAGUCUAGACGAAUCCUUAGUGAGGAACAGAAGGCUCGUAUCGAGACAAUGGAGGUCAGCCUACGCAACAAAGUUCAGGAGCUUUUCAGUCUCACCAACAACUUUACUACAUUGAAGAAGGGAAACGAGACAACUUACGCGGUUCUCGAGAGCACCAAAGACGUGUUACAAAAGACAGAGAUAGCACUCUCACACACUAAAGCGACCCUUGAGGGAGAAUCAGAACUUCGUCAAAGAUAUGCGGUUACAGAAGAGAAGUUACAUAGCAUGAACAAAGGGCUCGUGUCGACGCUUGGCAGCUCUCUGCAGGAUAUAGACGCGCUGCAUGCCAAAUUGAGACGACGCUCUGAACUGCAUAAUCAGAAUCACCAAAGAUGGGACAAGGCUCGCAGAGAUGGACAUAUCACCAUAACAUCGAUUGGGGACAAUCUGGAAGCGCUUGAGCAAGAACACAAUGCUGCCUUAGAGGCAACUUCACAGCGACUCGACAGGUUUGUGAUUGCCGAGCUCGAACGAGCACAACAAGCACAAUCAGGUCUUCAGCAGAGUUUGGAGGUACUAGGAAGCAGGACUGAUAUUAUCAUAUCCCAAAGCUCUGAUGCUAGAGAUACUACGAACGAGGUUCUGGAAGAGAUAGGAACCUUGAGAGACGAUGUGAAGACGAAGGUUGGACAGGGUCUGAAUGGUCUGUCCGAUGCCGCUGUAAAGAUAUCAGGAGAAGUGAUCUCUGAGCUCGCUCAGUUUCACUCGCAGCUUCACACCUCAUACAGCGGCCUUGGUAAAGAGAUCAAGGCCGUAUUUGACGACCUGUCGAAGCAAUUGCAAGCGCAAAGAGAGGAGUCGGACAGGCUGCGAUCCGCUCUGCAGGAGGCAAAUCGUAGGAAUCUGCAGGCGUCGCUGGCUGCUGCAAGUGAACUCGAAGCCACAAUCGAGGAAGAGCGCAAAAAUUCCGAAGAGGAGCGUGCUCAGCUCGUGCUGCAAAUUACCGAAUUGAUAAACAAUUCUUCACAUGGCAGGAGCAACAGGGUCAACAACGUCCUUACAUCGACACAAACGAACUUGGUGGAAACAGCAGAGCAAAUUGAGCUUGCAGACAAGACGUAUAAGGAGAGCAUGGAUAGAUGGGCCAAGCAAGAUUCGACUAUUCGCGAGAAAAUAACAAAAUCGAAAGAAGAUGUCAAGAACCGCUUCAAAAAGGAUUGGUCAGCCGUGAGUGAAAGGAACGGCAAGAUCCAAGAAUCUACCAAAGCUGUUCACGGAGAGACUAUCAACAUUGUCAAUGCUCAAGUCCAGGAGAUGGCAGUCCAGAUGGCAGCCCUGGAUGAAUUUGUCGUUCGCGCCAAAGAACAAAACAACCACCACCAUGACGAUCACGUCGCAUCUCUCAACACCAUGUCCUCUCAGCUCGAGAACAGUCUCGAAAGCGUACAAAGCCGACUUGGUCACACAUCCCUAGCAGCCUUCAACACAGGCAUGAAAGCACACCUCGACGAAAUCGCAUCCACCUUCGCAGACGUCGAAGACAAGGCUCGAAUGCCACUCCAACAACUACAAGAGACUCUAACAGCAGCCAACCUAGCCAACUACGUCCCAACAGGCCACACACCACCGAAAAAGCACUGGACGUAUCCCACCGAACUACCACGAACUCUCCCAUCCACUACCCCUCAAACAUCACCACAGAAAUCCCCCAAGAAAUCGCCUAAGAAGCAGUUAUCACCGCGAAAAUUGUCUCCUAAGAAGCAGAUGGUGCGUCCUGACAGCCCCGUCCAACAACAGCUUAGAGAGCUCGAUAUCAAUGUCGUUGCUCCCGUGAGACCGGCAGUCGUUGCGGUCAAAGAGCUCAAGGAGAACGAAAGAGAAAAGGUGAAGGAGAAGGAAUCGAUAGUGCCGGCUCCGGUGAAGACCGCGGCGAGUUUUUAUGCGCCGAGGAUGACGAGGAGUAGUACGGCGAGAUUGCUGGUUACUACCGCUGAGCCUCCGGAGAUACAGCGGACGAACAGUACGGGUGUACAGAGGAGCUGA